AACCUUGUGUGAGAAAGUUGUCAGUGUCGUGGGACGCGGAUCGCGAUUUGAUAGCAAUUUGGCAUUAAGUGCUUCCAUUGGCGAAAUCGGUUCAACGCGAUUGCCAUGCCAAAAAAUCCCAGUGAGCCCAGCGUCGCUAAUCAGUCGACAAACAUUUCGAAUACCUGAAAACCCGAUCAUCACAUCUGGCAACCCGGACUACAAACAGAACCAGGCAGCAAACACACCGGACUAUCCGAGAUCCAGGGAGAAUGCUCUUCUCCGCGGUGGUAAUCUGCCAGGUGGAGCGGCUGAUGUGCCUGCCCAUCAGCUUCGCGGUCCUGGGAUUCCUCUUCAUGACCUGCACCAUGGAGGUGGUGCUGCUCAAGCUGACCACCAGUGACUCGGUCUUCGGACGCCCAGCCGAGGAUUGGGAGGAGAAUGGAGGUCCGGAUGGCGAGGAGCAGAUCUACUACGAGAAUCUGGAGAACAACUUCGAGCACUGGGCCCGCCGCCGGAUGAGGUUCCACCAGCGCCAGCAGCAACAGCAACAGAACCAUCUGCCCAUCUAGGAUAACAUAAGCCUAAAUUUACGAGUAUACUAUAUUUAAGUAGAUCGGUAUAAGCGGGUAUACUGACUGAGCUUCCACGCCUUAUGUAUUCGAUUGUUUCGCCAGUGUAAUGUUUUCGCUAGCUGUUUAUGGUUGAAAAUUUUCCUUAAAUUAUAUUUGUUUGUUUUAUAAGCGAAAUUGCGAAUUUUGCCAUUUGAAUAAGUUAAGAGGCGAACCGAUUGGCAAUUGCUCAUUCGGAGCACGUACAAGACACCCAGGAAUUCCCUUCUUCUCUCUAUUGUGUAAGAACUGUAAGUGACUGACAUAAUCCGAAUGCAUAUCGAGACAGUGCGUCUCCCUAGAUUGUAGUUGUAAGCUGUGUGAUAGAGCUACAUGUAUUUUGAGCCAUGCGAUAGAGUAGGUUGAUUAAACUUGGCUAUAAAACCCCA